AAGAAGAGAGAACAAGAGGUGACGGUCAAGAAAGAAGACAUGCAGGAAGGAAGGGUGAUGAUACCAAAAAUAGCACUGGCAAAUAUUUACUACACAAAGCUGAAGCGAGUGAACAUGGACACAAGUUACAGAAAGAUGAAGGGACAGAUAAAGAGACAGGAAAGAGACACAGAGGAAAAAAAGAACAUUCUCUUCGGCCAGGAAAAGAGAGUCUUUUAAAAGAGAGAAGUCAUAAACUGUUUGAAAAUGAAGAUGAAAAACAUAAAUCAAAGAGAUCUAAAGAAGGAUCUUCCCGUGGAGACAGGGAAAGACAACCAGCAGAAACAAAUGAAAAAAGCAGGGAACACAGAAAACAGGAGAGGAGCCAACAGCAGGAAGGAGAGACAAGCCAUCAGCACGUAAGGAGUGUAAAAGAUAAAGGAAAAAACAACGGAAAAGAAAAAGAGGACAAUAGACAAGUGGAAAUAAAAGAUACCCACAGCUAUAAUUCAGAUACAGGGUUUGAUAACUUUUCAACAAAUUAUGAAGAUGAUUUUGAAGAUUAUGAGGAUGAUUUUGAUGGUGAUGAUGAUGACGACGAAGGCAAUAGCAGUGAAGAAAUAAUUGAAAAAGAAAAGCUAAGAGAGAUUUCUGUUUCCCAAACAUCAGAAAUUGCAGAAAUUCAAAAAACAAUACAGAAUCAAUACCAGAGUCCAAUAAAUGAAAGGCAAUAUCCUCCUGCCAGAAGCUCUUUUAGUGGAAUAUUCAUGGACUUUGGAAUGGCAAACCAGCGACAGAUUAGCCAAAGCAUGGUUAGUAAGCAAAAAAAACGAAGUUCAGAACUUCUCCAACUAAUUGAUCUGGACUUCUCAGUUAGUUUUACAUUACUGGAUUUGCCUCCUGUAAAUGAAUAUGACAUGUAUAUCAGGAAUUUUGGUAGAAUGAACACGAAACAGGCUUAUGUUCAAUAUAACGAGGAUAAUAUUGAGAGAGACAUUCAGACUGAGGAAGUUGAGACACUGGAGAAAUGGACACAGCAUCCAGGGGAAAGUGCCAUUGUGUCUGGAGGUCCUAUAAACAGCCAGGAGAUGUUGGUGAAUAGUACUCAAACACCUAAAAUUGAUUCACAAAGACUAGCAAAUUUUCUCCGGUCUGCCUGCCAGGUGAUCGCUGUUUUGCUAGAGGAGGAUCGAGUUGCAACACAACCCAGGUGGAAACUAAGAUCUCGACAAACCAGUCUGUCUAUUAGUGACAGCUGUUUCCAGUUAAAUACUAACCAGCCGUUCCUCCAUGACCGAAAAAUAUCCUGUCUGUACGUGUCUCAAGUUCAGAGGCAGAUGCUACUUUCUGCUCAUGGAUUACCUGAGGGGGCAGGUGUUGCCUUACUGGACAGAAAGAGCAUCAUAUGUGUCUGGAAUGUCUGGCAGCCGUCCAGUCCUCAGAAAGUUUUAAUAUGUGACUCGGAGGUGCUAAGUUGUUGCCUUAGUCCCAGUAAAACAACCCUAGUGUUUGCUGGAACAGCAGAUGGUUCGUUGCUGAUGUGGGAUCUUCGAGAAGACUCACGAAUGCACCCACACAUGACGUUCAGUGGAACUGAAUGGACAUUUAGACUUCCAACAUUUUCCACUGAUGGAGUUCUAAACUCAGUAAACCACUCCUCUCCUAUACUAGCAGUGGAACCUGUCUCAACCUCUCUCUACGCUGAGCAGAAUUACAGGCUCUCAAGCCUUUCUUAUCAGGAGGAAAUGUCAGGCUGUCCAUGCCAGAUAGCUUCAAUGGAUGAAAAUGGAAUCCUCAAUAUGUGGGUUGUUGUUGAAUUGCAAAAAGUUGAUUUAGCUGGUUCACAGACCGAUUUAGGUUUAAUUCCUGGAGGGAAAGUGAAGUUAGUGCAUAGUUCUACUACAGAAUUGAAUAAGAGCGUUUUCCCAAAGGAUAUAUGCCAGAGAAUGCCACAAACACUGUCAAUUAAGUUUCUUUCUUCUAAUCCUAAUCAUUUCAUUGUUGGAACAAACAUCGGCCUGGUAGGCCAUGGUACAAGACACAAUUUAAAAGUUCCUCCAAAGCUCUUCAGACCCCAACAGAGUGGGCUAAGAUCAGUAAGCGUCAAUGCAAUAGAUUUCUCCCCUUUUGGAAAGCCACUCUUUCUGGUUGGCUGUUCUGAUGGAAGUAUCAGAUUGCACCAAAUGACAUCAGAGUAUCCCCUCAUGCAGUGGAAUGACAGCACAAAUGGGCAGCCAGUUAUUGCCCUGCAGUGGGCUUUAACCAGACCUGCUGUGUUCUUUGUCCUGGAUGCUUCAUCUAAUAUUUAUAUUUGGGACCUUCUGGAAAAUGAUUUGUUGCCUGUGGCGAAGCAGGCUAUUCCAUCAGAUAAUGUUGUGACUAUGGCUGUACUGGGAGAACCAGAAAAAACAACUGGUCUGCUAGGAAUUGCACUGGCCAAAGAGUCUGGACUGAUAGACAUUCAAUAUGUAAAGAAGAAGUGGGCAUUACCUCAGCCUGGGGAAUCUGAAAAGCUACAUCUGCUGCUAUUGCAGUCCUUUUAGAAACAGAACGCUUGUCUGAGCAUACAGACUAAUGCAAAAUAUUUAG